AUGGAAUUGGAAGUGGAUGAGGAUCAAUUCUAUGAUAUUCGUGAGGAUUUGAGUUCUGUGUCUGAUGAUGAGGGUUUUGAUUAUUGUUUAGAAUCUUGUUCUGGUGGUGGUGGUGAUUGUGUUGCUAGGUUCAAUUUUUCGAUUAACAGCCUUGAGAGUGUUUGUGAUAGACGAUUCAGUUUUAUGAGAUGGAUAGGUUUGGAGUAUGAUUCGAAUUCGAUUGAGGGAGAUGAUAAUCUGUCUUGUGGAGUUGACCGGAUCAGUUCGACCAGUGGGGCUGUUUUGAGAACUGUAGAGGGUGUUUCUUCAAUUUCGAGUAAGAUUGUGUUUGAUUCGUUGCCGAAUGAGGGUUCUAGGUUGUUGGAAAAUCGGGGUGAUGGUAAUGAGGAUUUGACAUGUAUGAUAAAGAAUCUGGAUGAUGGAACACGGUAUGUUGUAGAUGAAUUGGAUCAAGAGGGGAAACUUAAUACCCUGCGUGUUCUGGGUUCGAAUCAGUUGAUUAGUUUGGAAGAGUUUCAUAAGAAUAUUGGGCCGUCGUCAUUUGUUCGUAGACAUUUGCAGAGAGAGGCGGAAAGUACUAGAUUGUUGAGUGUUGCUAAAAAGAAGAUGAAGAGAGGUUGGUUAAGCAAACUGGAUUCUAUUACUUGUUUUUAUCCGAAUCAAGGAUUUGAUGAAACUUGCUGCAAGGAUUUUGAUUCUCGGAUACAAAGAGUCCGGGUUAAUCUGCAUAAGAAACGAGUCAAGGAGCUUUCCUGUCUUUAUACUGAACAGGAGUUCAAAGCACACAAAGGCGUUAUUUUGACAAUGAAGUUCAGUCUCGAUGGAAGAUAUCUAGCUAGUGGUGGUGAAGAUGGCAUCGUGCGCGUGUGGAAGGUGGUUGAGGAUGUAAGAACAAAUGAAAUGAACAUUCUGGACGAUGAUCCAUCCAGUAUAUAUUUCAAAAUGAAUCAAUUUACUGGUAUUGUGGCUCCCCUUGACGUAGAUAAAGAGAACUUAGUUAAAACAGAGAAGUUGAAAAGAUCUUCUUCUUCAACCUGUGUGAUUAUCCCACCAAAGACCUUCCGCAUAUUGGCGAAACCUAUGCAUGAAUUCCAGGGGCAUAGUAAUGACAUUUUAGACCUUGCAUGGUCCAAAUCAGGGUUUCUACUCUCAUCCUCUCUUGAUAAGACAGCGCGCCUAUGGCAAGUAGGGAUUGACAAAUGUCUUCGAGUUUUCUCCCACAAUAAUUAUGUGACAUGUGUGAAUUUCAAUCCUGUCAAUGAUAAUUUUUUCAUCAGUGGUUCAAUUGAUGGAAAGGUGCGUAUCUGGGAAGUUGUUCGCUGUCGGGUUGUUGAUUACAUUGAUAUCAGAGAGAUAGUCACAGCUGUGUGCUUCCGCCCUGAUGGAAAGGGAACAAUUGUGGGUACCAUGGCAGGCAAUUGCCGUUUCUAUGAUAUCCUAGAUAGUCAUAUGAAAAUGGAUACGAAAAUGUCGUUACAAGGCAAAAAGAAGACAUCGGGGAAAAGGAUCACUGGCUUUCAGUUUUCGCCCAGUGACCCGAGCAAGUUAUUGGCUGCUUCGGCGGAUUCACAUGUAUGCAUACUCUCUGGAGUUGAUGUCAUUUACAAAUUCAAGGGCCUGAGAAGUGCGGGUCAGAUGCAUGCUUCCUUCACCUCUGAUGGGAAACAUAUCGUUUCGCUUAGUGAAGGUUCAAAUGUUUGUAUCUGGAAUCACACCGGCCAAGAUAGGAAUACUUCCAAAGCAAAGAAGAUUAUGUCUUCCGAGAGUUUUCUAUCCCACAAUGCAACGAUCGCCAUACCUUGGUGUGGAAUAGAAUCAACACCAUUGUCCCCUUCACUCGAAGAAAACUUGAUUCAGAGGUCAUCGUUGUCUUCUCCUGAUUGUUUCUUCAUGAGUCGCGGAUUUCUUUCCGAGUUAGUCCCAAGGGUUUCUGCCACAUGGCCAGAGGAAACACUUCUCAACUCAGGUCAAACUGUUGUUUCUCCUACAAUAUGUAAAUCAGAGUAUAAAUUCUUGAGAAGUGCUUGCAAGGGAAUGUCUAAUUCUCACUUGUGGGGUCAAGUAAUUGUAACAGCAGGAUCUGAUGGAUUCAUAAAAGUGUACCAAAAUUACGGCUUACCUGUUCGCGUUUGA